AUGGCAGACGAGUGUUUUAUGGGUCGUAACCGACUCCCCGUCUCUCGAAGAGGCUCUCCUGCCGUUGAACAAGGCAAGUCAGUGCUCAGCAGCAGCAGCAGCAGCAACAACAACAUCAACAGCAGCACCGUUCACGGAGCCGACAGCAUGAACGUCGUCAACGUCAGCGAGCUAGCGCCGCCGCCGACCGACUAUAACUUGUCGACGGUGGCGACGCCGAUGCGCUGCGGCGACGGCAACUGGACGUCGGCGUGCGGCGGCAACGACACGUGGCCGACGGACGUGUGGGCGAACGCGAGCGUCGUCGUCGACGACUCGCAGGUGUUCACGCUCUGGCAGAUCGUCGUCAUCGGCGUGCUCGUCGGCGCGCUAAGUCUGGCGACGGUGUCCGGAAACAUUCUCGUGCUCGCGUCGUUCUACGUCGAGCGCUCGAUCCGCCAGCCGACGAACUACUUCAUCGCGUCGCUCGCUAUCAGCGACUUGCUCAUUGGGCUGCUGUCGAUGCCGCUCUACACGCAAUCGCUCGUGCUCAAGGGCUGGCGACUCGGGCAGCUCGUCUGCGACAUUUGGCUGUCGGUCGACUACACGGUGUGCCUCGCGUCGCAGUACACUGUCCUGUGUAUCACCAUCGAUCGCUUCUGCUCGGUGAAGUUUCCGGCGCGCUAUCGCAACUGGCGCACACAGAACAAAGUGCGCUGGAUGGUCGUUCUCAGCUGGCUCAUACCGAUGGCGCUCUUCUUCACGUGCAUCUUUGGCUGGCCGUACUUUGUCGACUUGGGCGUGCGCGACACGAGCCAGUGCAGCGCCGACUUUCUCAAUGACCCGGUGUUCAACACGAUACUGAUCUUCUCCUACUACUGGGACUCGCUGAUCGUGCUUACCGUGCUCUACAUCGGAAUCUACAAGGUCGCCUGGCAGCUGCAGAAAAAAAGCGAGGCGAAAUACAAGAGGAUGACGUCGAUGGUGGCGAUGGCCAGCGGUCAUAUGACCAAGGUUGGCAUUGGCAUCUCGAAGACGCAGGGCACGCUUCUCGAUCCGGACAGCAAGGUGAAGGGCGGAGCAGCGGGAAACUCGAACGCGAGCAGUACGAACAACAAGACGUCGUCGGGGAAGAGCGCCACGGAGACGACCAGCUUCGCGUCGAAGCAGGACGAGUCUCAGCAGGAGCGCUCGAGCAGCCCCGUCUACCCGUCCGACCAGGAGGACGACUCCAGCUCUGACCACGCACGCACCGCCUCUCAGAAGAAAACACCGCCGAAGGAGGGAAAGCACAAGGAGGGCGGCAAGGCGACGAAAGCCGACAAGGCAGCAGCGAAGAGAGCAAAACCGUCGUCGGCUCAGAAGAAGAUGCUGAAGAUCAGCCCGCCGCCGGUGAGCGCCAACAACGUCGACGUCGCCGUCGUGUCGGCGAAGGGCGCUGCUACGAAGAUCGACGACGUUGCCACGCCUCCCGCUCAACCCGCCGACGCCAACGCACAGCUGAACGCCACCACCGGCGGAGCUCAGGAGGGAAGUCCUGAACGCGCGCAGAGCCUUAGCUACAAGACCGACCAGGAGAGCGUGCAGUCGCCGUCGACCGAAAGCUUCCGUACGACGUCGGUGCCGCUGUCGCCCAAUUCGGCGCCGUCGUCGAAAGAGCCAAGCCCGAUGCCGCGAGAGGGCAGCCCGUACGCGCGCGACGGCAGUCCGAUGCAGAAGGAAGGCAGUCCGACGGUGGUAACGACGAAGGGUAAGGGUAAGGGUGCCGUGACACGCGUCGCCAAGCCCGACGAGGUGGCGCUACUGAAGGAGGUGACGCCGCCGCGCUACAGCGGCGACGACAACGUGACGAACGGCAAGACGGUGAGUCCGGAGCGCAGCACGCUUCUCAGCCUCAAGCUGAAGAUUCGCGGAAAGAAAAAGGAGAAGGCGGCAAGCAGUAAGGCGACGAAGCGCGAGAAAUCCAAGUCGGAGAAUCGCGCGCGCAAGGCGCUGCGGACUAUUACGUGCAUCAUGGGCGCCUUCGUGCUCUGCUGGACGCCCUGGCACAUAUGCGCGACGAUCCUCGGUUUCUGUCCGACGUGCGUCAACGCCGACCUCUACUCGUUCUCCUACUGGCUGUGCUACAUGAACAGUCCACUGAACCCGUUCAUGUACGCUCUCGCCAACGUGCAAUUCAAAAAGACCUUCGUGCGAAUGUUGAAGGGCGACUGGAAGAGGCGGUAAGGCGGCAGGUGGCGCGCAUGCAGCGCUAAAUGAUCCUGCCGACCGCGCCGACGUUACCAGCCGUCAUUAAGCAAGUGGUCGGCAAGUGGCGUGCCCAGUCGUCGGCAGCCGACGUGCCUAGAGUUCGUCGGGCGCGUCCGUAACAACAAACUUUUCCCCGUGUCGGGGGAAAUAUUGUAGAACGCAUCUAUCACGGUGACAUAUAGCGUCGUCCUAGAUCCAACCAAGCGCCGGCGAGAGAAUGUCUCUCGUCUUCUUUGGGUCAUUCUUCGUUCGAACACAAACCGAUAGAACGCGGAUAGAUUGGCUGGCUCCGAGCAACUUUCGAGAUCACGCUCGAUUCCGAUCCGAUUCGAAUUCGAUUCGAAUCCGAUUCGUUCCGAUCCUUUCUGUUCCGAUUGGGAUCACCUUCGAUUCCGAUCUGAUUCGAAUUCGAUUCGAAAACGAUUUGUUCCAAUCCUUUUCUGUUCCGAUUGAGAUCACAUUUGAUUCCGAUUCGCAUUCGAAUCCAAUUCGUUCCGAUCUCUUUCUGUUCCGAUUGGGAUCACAUUCGAUUCCGAUCCGGUUCGAAUUUGAUUCGAAUCCGAUUCGUUCCGAUCCGUUUCUGUUCCGAUCCGUUUCUGUUCCGAUCCGUUUCUGUUCCGAUUAAGAUCACAUUCGAUUCCGAUCCGAUUCGAAUUCGAUUCCGAUCCAAUUCGAAUUCGAUUCGAAUCCGAUCUGUUUCGAUUACCGUUACUCACGCGUUGCGAGACGGCAGGGUACGAAGUACGAAUACUGCAAGCACAGCUAUAUAAUUCUCCUGUUAGACAUACCGGUUAGCAAGGGUAUCUCGCGCGGUGUCCAUCUGUUGAUAGUGUAAAAAGUUAAAUGUUAUUUUGUGAUACCGUGUUUAUCGAAAGCCGUUCGAUGCCUGGUGUAGAUCUGUUUCGCCGCGGCGCCAUCCCGAUCUGACAUGUACAGCGGUUAACACACGCGACACACACGCAACGUUUUGUUUUGGUGUAUCGCUAUUCAACAUACAAAAGCUCUGCGUUUGUCGAUUUAUGUCGUAGGUGAUACGCGAGUCCCGUGGCGCGAGUGCACGUACGGAUUUGCAUCUCCGCUUUUCGCGUGCAUAGAUUUUUAUUGAAUCGGCCCGUAUUAGUCACGUGGACCAAAUAAUAAUGACGUAAUGUGCGCCAUAUUGUUCACGUGACCGCCACGUGAUUUUCACGCACCGAUUCAAUUUAACAUGUGCGUUUGAAAUAUGCACGUAGCGCGAUUCGACUAGAAGAGCACGCGUGUUCGUAUUGAAUAGUGAUAUAGCUUUACAGAUAACGCCUCUUGUGCCUCGUGAUACAACAUGGCACACUACAGAGCAUGUUGGUGUACCGCACGAUUAUCGCCAUGAGGCACAAAUAUUUGUGUCACAGUGUGUGUGUGUGUGUGUGUGUGUGUGUGUGUGUGUGUGUGU